ACCUUAGCGAAGGGUCGCGAGCUCGUUGACUGCACGCGCGUCUCUCGGUGUUAUAGGACCGAGAGCAACGUUAACACGCCGGUGUCAUGGCAGCAAGACGACGGCUGAAGGCUGUACUAAUUGACCUUAGCGGGACGCUUCACGUUGAAGACUCAGCGGUGCCGGGCGCUCAGGAAGCCCUUGCCAGGUUGCGGCGUGCCCCAGUUUCUGUGCGCUUUGUGACCAACACAACGAAGGAGUGCAGACGGAUGCUGGUAGAGCGCCUGCAUGGACUGGACUUCCAUAUUGAGGAGCAUGAGAUCUUCACCUCGCUGAGUGCUGCUUGUCGCCAGGUGGAGCGGGCGGGUGUGAGGCCUCUGUUGCUGCUACAUGACAGUGCUUUGGAGGACUUUGCAGGCAUUGAGACCUCUGACCCUAAUGCUGUGGUGAUUGGGUUAGCUCCUGAGCACUUCAACUACCAGACGAUGAACAAGGCUUUCAGGCUUCUCUUGGAAGGGGCUCCCUUGAUAGCAAUCCACAAGGCCCGAUACUACAAGAGGAAGGAUGGCCUAGCAUUGGGCCCAGGGCCCUUUGUGACAGGCUUAGAGUAUGCCACAGAUACCCAGGCUACUGUGGUGGGUAAGCCUGAGAAGACCUUCUUCCUUGAGGCCCUGCGAGAGCUGGAUUGCCAGCCUGAAGAGGCUGUCAUGAUUGGUGAUGAUGCCAGAGAUGAUGUAGGUGGGGCUCAGAACUCUGGAAUGUUGGGAAUUUUAGUCAAAACUGGAAAGUACCGACCUGGAGAUGAAGCUAAAAUCAACCCUUCGCCUCAUGUGACCUGUGACAGUUUCCCUCAGGCUGUUGACCACAUCUUACAACACCUGCUGUAACCACAAUGGCUUUAAUAACAAGAAUGGGGAUAGGGAGAGUACAGACCAGGAGACAAGGUUGCUCAUUCUUCUUACAAGAAAGCAACAGAUAUGACUGUGACACAAACGAUAACCUUAAAACACCACCAUGACUCUGAACUCAACACACUUUCAUGAACAUUUUAAACUCAAACUUUGGCCCAAACAGCUGGAUGGAAAGGCAGUACCAUGGAUUGAAGCGUAACACUUGUUUGAUGACUCUGUAUAGCAUUUAAUUAGAUUAAUCCUGAUUGUGUUAUGUUUAGAAUCUGAACAUCUCCCAAAGUUGACGAACAACAUCCAGCGGAACAGUAUGAAACAAAAUAUACCAUGUAACAGCAUUUAUAGAAGUCUGCUACAUAGCACCAUUGCAAGGGCACACUAGAAUCAGUGUAGUGUUCAUUGUUCAGUGCAUGUACCUCAGUCCCACUACUGUAGUGUUUUUUCUGGUAGCGUAGUGGUUGAGUUGUUACCUUGCAAUCAAAAGGACCCGGGUUUAAAUCCCUGCUCCCACUCUAGCUAGCACCCUUGGACAAAGUAUGAGUUUAAGUCAAAAAGUAUCUUUGUAGAUAUUUUUUACUUAAAUUUGCUGCUAAAUUUUUUGCGAAAUACUAACAUAUUGUGGAUACUUUUUUCACUUGAACUUGGCCAGAAUUGGUACACUAAAAAGUUAUCCUGCUGUAUAAAUGGAUAAAAAACUCUUAGAUUAGCGUACAAUGCUUAAAUUUUAAAUUGUCUUGGACAUAGGUAUUAGCUAAAUGAAUAAAUAUCUGCAUGACAAGGUG